AUGGAAGGUAAAUCUCCAGACCUUGAAUCAAUCGGGUCUGGUACUACGACAAAGCGAUCAAGCGUUUCAUCAGGAAGCCGAUCUCGUAUCCGCCGAGAUUUCUUAAGUAGAUUCACCGAUAGUGAGCAUUUCACAGUAAAGCUCGAAGAUUGGUUCGCUUUAGUAUUGGAAACCUCAGGAACCAGCAAUGGACCGGUCUUUGAGGUUCCUUUCGAGUUAGUCGAGCUUCAAAAAUUCGACUACGCAUUAGAAGGCAUCUCUUUCCAGCAGCUAACUCGAAUGCCAAACGCUGUUUACGCCUCCACAUCCACCGCUGUAGAGGCAAAGGCGUAUCUAGCGAUAGAGGAUUUCUUACACGCGACGGUGAAGAGCUUAUGGGAAGCGUUUUGGAGUCCGGACGAGCCAGUUCCAUUCUCUGUUGGUUGCUUAUACAAUCAGAACAUGAAGUUUUAUCAGGCUGAGAAGGCUUUAGCUCUAGGGAAGCUCGAAGGUCUUUCAGCGACUGGCGUUCUGCUGAAGAACUCUCGUCAUCCGCAUGGGAAAUGGGAUCACAUUCUCGAGCUUGCUCUUCUAAGGUCUGACAUUGGAAGCUUUGCGGUGGAUAGUGACCAUCCUCCUUCUUUGCCUGUCUUAGGGGAGGCGUUAUUCUAUGCUCUCCGUAUACUUAUCUCAAGAAGUGUGAGCCGUUUGGAUUUCUCUCAGAGCUCGAACUGUGUCUUCGUUCUCCUCGUUGAUUCUCAGUAUGGAGGUGUUGUGAAAGUCGAAGGGGAUGUGAAUAAGUUGGAUUUCGACGUGAACAAUGUUUAUGAAUGCGCUGCGGAUUGGAUUAUGAAGCAUUCGAAGAUCGCUGUGUCGCCGGUUGAUAGGGUAUGGAACAAGCUUGGGAAUGCUAACUGGGGAGACAUUGGCGCUUUGCAGGUGGUGUUUGCUACUUACCAUAGUAUAAUGCAGUAUUUUGGACCGCCUAGGCACUCCAUUGAAGACUUAGCUGCUGACCAUAGCUCUCGCCUUCACUCGAGACGGCAAGAGAGGCAGUUAGGGGAUGCUAGUCUCAACGAAAACGGUAUGUUUAGGUUCGAGCAGAGAACCAUGUCUCCUGAGAUUGUUGAAGUUCAAGAAGAAGAAUCAACAAAGAUUGAGCCUGAACCGUCGAUGAAGCUUGAAGUUGGAUCGGUUCUGUGGUUGGAGGAUUCAAACUAUGAAAAAGGCUAUGAGAUUAAAGAAAUAUUGAGCAACGGUACACUUCCUUAUCAUAUUGCGUCUCCGGUGGAUGAUGCAGGGAAGUCUGUGUUUCUCUACGUUGGCUCUCCUCCUUCGCAGCUUGAGCCAGCUUGGGAAGACAUGAACUUGUGGUAUCAGGUACAGAGACAAACGAAGAUAUUGAGUAUUAUGAAACAGAGAGGGCUCUCUAGCAAAUACUUGCCACAGCUCCAUGGCUCUGGACGGAUCAUUCACCCGGGACAGUGUCAGAAGCCAAGCUCAGGUGGACGGUGUGAUCACCCUUGGUGUGGAACUCCGAUUCUCGUGACCACUCCGGUUGGUGAGACAGUAGCUGAUUUGGUAAACGAAGGCCGGUUUGGUCCGGAAGAAGCUAUUCGGUGUUGCCAUGAUUGCUUAUCUGCACUUUCUUCCUCCUCUUCAGCUGGGAUACGCCACGGUGAUAUCCGUCCGGAGAAUGUGGUUUAUGUCACUUCUGGUGGAAGACAUCCUUACUUUGUGCUUAUCGGUUGGGGUCACGCGGUGCUUGAGGACAGAGAUCGACCAGCGAUGAAUCUUCACUUCUCAUCGACUUACGCGCUCCAGGAAGGGAAGCUUUGUGCUGCCUCGGAUGCAGAGAGCUUGAUUUACAUGCUUUAUUUCUGUUCUGGAGACUUGCCUGAUUUGGAUUCAGUUGAAGGAGCUCUUCAAUGGAGAGAAACGUCUUGGUCAAAGAGAUUGAUUCAGCAGAAGCUCGGUGAUGUCUCGACCGUUUUGAAAGCGUUUUCUGAUUACGUUGACAGUCUUUGUGGGACGCCGUAUCCGUUAGAUUACGAGAUUUGGUUGAGAAGAUUGAAGAGGAAUCUUUCAGAAGAUCACGGGAAAGAAAUUGAAACUUCAGGCUAA